UUUUUUUACUUUAUAAAAGUUUCCUUUUUUAUUAUAUUUAUAUGUUUUUGGAAAAUUUUAAAAAGGAAACUAAAUAAAAAAUUAAAUAAUAGUAUUUUAAAUGUAAUAUUUUUAAUUCAUUAAGAGUAUCCGUGUAAUCAAAUAUCGUGAGUGUUAACGUGAGAGCGACACAUAGAAAACUGACUUCUCAAAUAAUAUUAUAGAGAUUAGUAAAUAAUAUUGUUUUAUAAAAAUAAAUCAUUUUAACUGAAUUUAAAUUAAAUGUUACAAAUUCAAAUAAAUUAUUAUAUGAAAAACUAAUAUUCUAACUCUUUUUUUUUUUGGUUUUACAUCUCAAUCUUAUCAAGUUUCUACCUCUUCUUAUUUAUCUAAUUUUUGUAAAAUGAUUUUUAAAAACAAAAGAUUUUCUUUCGUUACAAACACUCCUGGUCUAACAUCAAUUUUCUUUAAUAUAACAAAAAAAGAGAGUAAAAUCCAAUCUUUUUAAUAGAAUUAAAAUUCAACCUUGUGCAAAAAUAAACAGGUAUGUAAUGGGUGAUGAUGAUAGUCUUUUCUUCGUAGACAACAUAGUGGAUGUGUUGUCAAAAUACGACCACACGGAAAAACGUUACAUCGGAAUGUUUUCGGAGUCGACAAAAUCAAAUUUUCGUUUAGCAUUUGAAAUGGCAUACGGAGGAGGAGGAUAUGCUCUAAGUUAUCCUAUGGUCGAGGCUUUGGUGGCAAAACUAGAUGAAUGUAUUGAAAAGUAUCAUUUCAUUUGGGCAGGAGAUACGUUACAGAGUUAUUGCUUGGCUGAUCUUGGUGCUGAUCUUAUCCCAGAGAAAGGAUUUCAUCAGAUGGAUCUACGAGGUGACUUGUCGGGUUUGCUCUCGUCACACCCAACGGCUCCUCUUCUCAGCCUCCACCACUUCGGGGCCUUAGCACCACUUUUCCCUGGCAUGGACCGUCACGGCUCAGUCCUUCAAAUUAUGAAAGCGGCUAACGUGGACCAAUCACGGAUGCUACAACAGUCGGUAUGUUACGUUAGAGCCAGAAACUGGACCUUCUCGGUCUCGUGGGGAUACUCUGCUCAUGUCUAUGAGAAUAUAUUCCCACGAAGCUACUUGAAGCUUCCCAUCGAGACAUUCCGUCCCUGGCUCCGAGGAUGGUUUCCGUUUUACAUGUUUAACACGAGACGGGGUGUCUAGAAAUCCAUGUGAAGCUCCUCAUUGGUUCUUCUUUGAUUCGCUUGAACAAGUGGAGAGAGGAGUUGUUACUUCCUACACAAGGAAGUUUAUUAGAAACAUGACUUCUUGUUCUUUCUCUGGUGAUAUUUCUGCGGAUCCUCUUGCUUCGAUCCGAGUCUCCUCUCCCAUAACUCCCAAAGAGGGAAGAAAAGUGGAAUGUUGUGACGUGGAAUAUGAGGGUGCCGAUGUUGCAAACAUAAGACUUCGAGAUUGUAGGAGUGACGAAAUCAUCAGCUAAGAUAAAUGGAGAAGAGAAAAGAAUAGUUAUAUUGUAAUUUCAAUUUUGUUAUUAAUUAAGUUAUACGUUGCUUAAAACUCAAGCCUACAAUUACUCUGAUAUCUUAACAAGAGAAGUUUACUGAUGUACAUAUUUUUUAGUCAUAUAUGUGGCAGAAUCUCUGUUCUAAAAAUCGGCCGCCUAGUCGCCUGAGUGCUACGCGUCACUUUUCAGCUCUGAUUUAUGUCAAAUCGGUUAAAAAAAUCGGAUAUUCGAUUUUCUCCGCCUAGACCGCCUAAAUGACCACCGCCUAAUCUAUUUUUCUAUUAUUUUUUUACUUUAUUUUUAAUAAUAUUUUUAUUUAUUUAUCUAAUCUAAAAUUUUAUAAAUAUCAUUUAUAUUCAUAAUUUUGAUGAAAAUUACACUAUAUUAAGUUUAUAUAUUCUAUUUGUGUAUUUUACGCAAUCUUAAACAUGAAAAUGUAUUAAUAUUAUACACAAUUAAAGGUUAUUAUGUUUUAUAACAUAGUAAACAAUCUAAAAAUUUCGCCCCGCAUAAUUUUCGAUUAAUCCCCGAUUUUUUCUUUAGGCGCUAGGUCGACCCUGACCGUCCGACUAGCGCCUAGGGCGUUCCCGAACAAGGGUAGAAUACAGUUGCCGUAUCCACCUAGGUUUGUUACUUUGUCCACGAUUUUUUUGUUUUUGGAAAUUUCUGAUUAAUCUCUGAUUUUUUUUUUAAGCGCUAGGUCUAACCUGACCGCCCGACUAGCACCUAGUGCGUUUCCGAACAGGGGUAGAAUACAGUUGCCGUACCCACCUAGGUUAUUUUUUUUUUGGAACUUUUACCCAUACAGUUCAGGGAUGUACAUAUUAGUGUGAGUUUAUUAUACAUAUUAUUGUCAGGACUUAGUGAUCAUACAUGUAAUAGAUUUUUAUUACAUACUAUAUUAUUUUUCAAGUUUCUGAUUUCAAUGUCACUCUUCUUUUUUUUUUGCUAAAAUUUGGCAAUUGUCACUUACAAAAUCUGAAUUAUGGAUUAAUAUGCGUCCAGAUGUCUAACUAAGUGUAGAAUUGAUUACUUGCUUCAACGUGAAUUUUAUAUCAUAGAUUCAUGGCAUAUGUGGUUUUUUUGCCUAUGUCAUGGUUAAGCAUUUAAAAAUAGAAAAGUGAAACUGUUAAUUAAUAUGUGAUUUUCUGUAUAUGAAAAUCUGAAAUCUGAUGAUACAUUUUAUAUAGGAGAUAUUAUAAUAAAUAAAAUUAUAUAUAUCAUGCAUGCAUUAACUAUUCUGUCCAGAUAUAUUUUACGUUUGGAAUGUACCCACGGACUAUAAUUGAUGUAUGAGUUAGAGUCUGACCGGUUCAAACAUAGCGGUUGCGGUUGCGGUUGCGGGAGUUUGCGGAUGCGGGUGGUUGCGGGUUUUAGCGGUUUUAAAAGAUUUGUACGACUGGAUCUUCGGUUAGAAAUUGAUGCAUUUACGUGAUACUUAUAACUGAUUAACUAUCAAAUGCAGCAGCAGUAAUAAAUUAACAAUAUUUACAUUUUAUAUAAUUAUAAAAAACCAAAAAUCAUAAUAUUAUAAUAAAUAUAAAAAUUAUAUUUAGAAAGUUAUAUUUUUAAAUUUUUUUUAAAAUUACAGAAGAUAUUUUUGUUUUAAAAUUUCUUAAUAUUAAUUAAAAUAUAAUAUAUAUAUUUUUAUAUUUUUAUAAUUCCAAUUAAAAAAUUAUUUUAUUUUUAUUUUUGUAUUUAUAUUAUUAAAAAAAGAAUUUUUUUUAAUCCUCCCGCAACAGCGGAACCAACUUUUGAAUUAUGAAGUUUAGAGCAUUUUAAAGCGGUUUAGAACAGUUUAAGUGAUUGUUUCGAAACGCUAACCAGUCAUACCCUAAAAUAUUAUGGUCUAGUGGUAAUAUUCCGAUAAUAUUGCAGAUGUUUGAAGGACAAAAAUCAGAAUUUUUGAUGAAAUGUUAUUAUUGAGAUAUAUUUCCAUAUUUUUGAUUAAAAAAAGAUAUAUUUCCAUAUAUCUCGAUCUAUUGAAAUAAGAAAAAUAAGCUAAUAAAUAAACAUGAUCCAAAUAUAUGGAAAUAAAUCUUAAAUACUUGGACUAGUGUUUAUUGGGUUAAUUAAGAAAAGUAUGAUAUCAUUUCUAUGGUUUUCAAACUAAAUACUCCAAAACCUCCCUUGUUAACCUUCAAACAUCAUUCAUCAUCUUUCUCCAUGCUACUAUCUCUGUAUAAUCUAAUGUCGUCGCCUCCAAGUUACCACACAAAAGUCUUUUGCAAAUAUCGCGUGAUCAUAGGCGUGGCCGUGAUCUUCUUCGUGCUCUUCUUCUUCAACCAAACAUACCUCAAAUCACAAUAUUUCGACAGUAACAUUUUCACCAUACAAUAUCAAGAGAGGCUCUUGCAGCCUAAAGAGGCGGCAACAAACUUGAGCCAUUUGAUGUUCGUUCUGGUCGGGAGCUCACGUACGUGGAGGGAUCGAAAAGUUUACUUAGGAUCAUGGUGGAGACCAAACGUGACGCGUGGUAAUAUCUUCUUUGACGUGGAACCGUCGGAAGAGUUCCAGCCUUGGUCUCCGGCCUUACCGCCGUUAAAAGUCAACGAAGACCUCAAGAAACUGAAGAUUUACCGGAAGCUUACAAACCGAAACCACACUCGGAUCUAUAGGUCCAUUCUUGAGAAUUACAGGCUCAAACAAGACGAGGAUGUGAGAUGGUACGUGACGGGUGAUGAUGACAGUGUUUUCUUCGUAGACAACAUGGUGGAUGUGUUAUCAAAAUACGAUCACACGGAAAAACAUUACAUCGGAAUGUUUUCGGAGACCAUAAAAUCAAAUUUUCACUUCUCAUUUGACAUGGCAUUCGGAGGAGGAGGUUAUGCUCUAAGUUAUCCUCUAGUGGAGGCUUUAGUGGAAGAAUUGGAUAAUUGUAUUGAGAGGUACCAUUACAUUUGGGCAGUGGAUCAUUUACAGAGUUUGUGUUUGGCUGAUUUGGGCGUUGAUCUUAGCCUUGAAAAAGGAUUUCACCAGAUGGAUCUAUACGGUGACAUAUCAGGCUUCCUCUCGUCCCAACCAACGGCUCCUCUUGUCAGCCUCCACCACUUCGAAACUGUCACACCACUUUUCCCUGGCAUGGACCGUCCAGGUUCAGUCAAUCAUAUCAUGAAAGCAGCCAACGUGGACCAAUCACGGAUGCUACAACAGUCGAUAUGCCACGUCAGAGCAAGUAACUGGACCUUUUCGGUCUCGUGGGGAUACUCUGUUCAUAUCUAUGAGAAGAUAUUCCCACGGAGCUACUUGAAGCUUCCCAUCGAGACAUUCCGUCCUUGGUGGCACGGAGGACGGCCUCCUUUUUACAUGUUUAACACGAGACCAGUUUCUCGAGAUCCAUGUGAAGCUCCUCACUGGUUCUUCUUUGUUUCGAUUGAACAAGAGAAGGAAGGAGUUGUUACUUCUUACAAAAGGAAGUUUCCUAGAAACAUGACUUCUUGCUCCUUCUCUGGUAAUACUUCUGCGGAUCCUCUUACUACAAUCCGUGUCUUCUCUUCCAAAACUCCCAAACCGGGGAGAAAAGUAGAAUGUUGCGACGUGGAAUAUGAAGGUGCAAAUGUUGCAUACAUGAGACUUCGAGAUUGUAGGAGACACGAAAUCAUCGCCUAAUGAAAAACGGAGGGCACAAUCUUUUAUCUGAUCAAAUUCUAAGUCAGUUUGCACAUUUAGCAACUAAGUUUAAAAAAAAAAUACAAAUUUAAAGAGUAAAGAAGUAAACAUUGUAAUAAUAUUGUAUUCUAUAUUGGAAGAUAAUUUUUUUUACAAAGGAUUGAUUAUUCAUCCACCUUUAAGAACUUGUCUACUUAUUUUCAAAGACUUCUUUGUCGCAUAUCUAGUAAAACAUGUAGUUUUCUAUAUGAUCGUUUGUUUGAAUUUUGCUAAAGAAGACAAAAGCAAAUAAAUGAAAAAGAGAAAGAAAAAAAACUUAUCUUGCUUAUUAUGUCAAGAGCUAACGAAUUUUGAAACCCUAUCUACUUCUCAUGUGCUACUAAUUCAUCAGAGGUGUGUAAAGCUCUGACAAGAGGUCUUAUCAACCAAGAUAUUCGACAAAAUGGACAAGAUAUUAUGUUCAUAAUCUCGGAAAAGAACUGCGGGAUAAUUAAGUUAUAUUUAAUCCUCUAUGUGUUUCAAAUAACCAUCUAUACAUUGUAUACUAGCCUUGUCUGAUUUCUUGCAUUAUACAGUUCACUGACAAAAACAUCAAAAACCCAAACUACAUAAAUUGUUUUUUAUCAAGUUUUACAAAAUCUGAAUUACGGAUUCCUUGUUUCAUCGUGAAUUUUAUACUGUCGCAUAUGUGAGUUUUGCAUAUGUCAUGGUUAAACGUUUAAAAAAAAAUAGCCAAAGUGAAUUUAAAAAAAAAUUAAUAUGUGAAUUAUGAAGAUGAAAAUUUAAAAUGUGAUAAUAGUGUUUUUAUAGAAGAUAUUAUAAAUUAUACCAGGCCUACAUUAUUCAUAUAUAUAUAUGUGUGUGUGUGUGUGUGUGUGUUUGGAUUGUACCUAGAGACCAUAAUUUAUGUGUAAAUAAGUCAUUUUCUUAACCAAUCAAUUUUGUUUGUUCAAGAGUUCUUAUAUAUUUGUAGUAAGUUCCUCUAAUAUCUCUUUUACAGUUAAU